GGAGUGCAGCCGACUUCCUCCUUCCUCCACCCGAGAUUCGGGGUCAUGGGGCCAGGCAGUGCCCCCUGGACCGCCCUGGGCACGGCGUUGGGGUUCGCGCGUGGAAAGGCCGCGGCACUGCGCGGCUGCGGGCACCUCUGGCUGGGCGUCUGGGGGAGUCUCCGAGUACCCCACAGACUGAGCAGCGUCUCCGUGUGGGGGCAGCUGGUGCCGGAGAAGAGUCCGAGGGGGGCCCCCGGGAAUGGGUCCGGCUCUCGGCAGCCAAACUUCCUGGGGAAGAAGCGGGACUGCCUUUUCUCGGGUGUCUUUGGAGGCAGUGGAGCCGGUGACGGUCGUGGUGGAGAGAAGCUCUCCUUACAGGACAUCGCUGAGCUGAUUCAGACCAAAGCCUGCCAGAGGGUGGUGGUCAUGGUGGGUGCCGGGAUCAGCACCCCCAGUGGCAUCCCAGACUUCAGGUCUCCAGGGAGCGGCCUCUACAGCAAUCUGGAGCAAUAUGACCUCCCCUACCCAGAAGCCAUAUUUGAACUGGACUUCUUCUUUCACAACCCCAAGCCCUUCUUCGCUCUGGCCAAGGAGCUCUACCCUGGCAACUACAGGCCCAACCUGGCCCAUUACUUCCUGCGCCUGCUUCACGACAAGGGGCUGCUUCUGCGGCUCUACACGCAGAACAUCGACGGGCUGGAGAGAGCGGCUGGCAUCCCCGCCACCAAGCUGGUGGAAGCCCAUGGCACCUUUGCCUCGGCCACCUGCACCGUCUGCCGGAAGUCAUUCCCUGGGGAGGAAUUUCGGGUGGAUGUGAUGGCAGACAGGAUACCCCGCUGCCCCGUCUGCACGGGGGUCAUCAAGCCCGACAUCAUCUUCUUUGGGGAGCAGCUCCCACAGAGGUUCUUCCUGCAUAUGGUGGACUUUCCCAUGGCAGAUCUGCUCAUCAUCAUUGGGACCUCUCUGGAGGUGGAGCCCUUCGCCAGCCUGUCGGAAGCCUCCAGGAGGUCUGUGCCUCGGGUGCUGAUCAAUAGAGAGCUGGUGGGACCCUUCGCCUGGCGGCCCCGCCAUAAUGAUGUGGCCCAGCUGGGCGAUAUUAUUGGGGGUGUGGAGAGGCUGGUGAAGGCCCUGGGCUGGACCAAAGAGAUCCAGGACUUGAUGCAAAGAGAGACCAGCCAGGACGCCCUCUGAGAGCAGGUGGAGACAGGACCCAGGUUCAUGCGUCGCCCCCUUCCUGUGAGCCCUGACUUCAAGAUCUCAGUGGAAACCCAUUCUCUCAAUAGUCAAUAAACAUUUAUUUAGCACCUA